AUGGAGAAAGCAGAGGGAAAAGAAAUCCGCAGCAACAUCAGAUUAAGCGAAGUGAGGAUACCCGAGUUCAGCGGCAAAAUUGAGGACUGGGAGUCAUUCCAUGACUUAUUUAAAAAUUUGGUGCAUAAUUCGCCUCAUUUUUCCGAAGUAGAGAAAUUAUACAGGCUGAAGGCAGCCAUUAAAGGAGACGCAGCUCAACUAAUUCAGCAUUUAAAAAUAACCGACUCCAAUUAUGAAGCUGCCUUUGAAUUAUUGAAGAAAAGGUACGCGAAUAGGAGAUUGAUGUUCACGAAUUUGUGUGAUAAGAUUCUGGACCAACCAGUAAUGAAUAGCGAUUCAGCGGCAAGUAUAAGACGCAUACUUGACACUACCAAAAACUGUGUAAUGGCGUUGAGGGGCAUGAAUGUGUCUACAAAGGAUGCUGAACCAUUUAUUGCCAGAAUAAUUGUGAGAAAGUUUGAUAAGGAUGGGUUGCGGCUAUAUGAGCAACAAGUAAGGAAGCCGAGAGAAAUUCAAACUUUGGAUGAUGUCUUAGAAUUUUUGCAACAACAAUACCUUGCGUUGGAAGCGGCGGGAGAGCAGGAAGUGAACGUGAAGAGAAUUUAUGGAAACAAAAAUAAUAUGUCAACCAAAUUUUGCUACUUUUGUGAGAAAAGUGGGCACGGGGUGAUAGAAUGCAGGAAGAUGUUGGCAAUGACACCGGCAGAGAGAAAGCCUGCGGUAGCUGCGAAAAAAAUUUGUUUCGUUUGUCUUUUACACAGGACAGACAGAAAAUGCAAUAGUGUUGUGCGCUGCAACAAAUGUGGAGGUAAUCACCAUCAUUAUCUUCACAAUGGUGACCAAAGAAGCGUUAAUCAGCAAGUUAAUCCCACAUCAUCUAUGGUAAUUGAGAGAAAACAACAACAAGUUUUAUUGGCAACAGCAUUGGUAAAAGUACGGGCAGCGACGGGAGAAUUUGAGUUGCUACGGGCAAUGAUAGAUCAAGGGUCACAGAUAACAUCAAUUUCGGAAGAAGCUUCGCAGAUUUUGGGAUUGCCAAGGAUAAAAGAAAAAACGGAAAUACACGGCUUGGGUGGUACUUUGGUUGGUGUGUCGAAGUACAAAGUGGACUUAGUUAUAAAGCCAAGAUUUCUUAGCAAACAUGUAUUCAAUUCACAGGCGAUGGUACUACCUACGAUAAUGAGCCAGCAGCCAGGUAAAUCCUUCGACAUAGAUAUGAAGCAAUGGCGAAACUGUAUGUUGGCUGAUCCAUUCUUCAAUAAAUCCGAUCGCAUUGAUCUAAUAAUCGGUGGAGACAUUUACGCCGACAUAAUGGAAAAAGGGCAGAAGAGAGUAAGCGGUCCGUUCUCACAACAAACGAAACUUGGUUGGAUAGUAUCUGGAGCUCUAUCCAAUGGAAUAAGCAAAGUGGAAAAAGUGCAGGUGGCUGCGACGAACCUUGAACGUUUUUGGGAAGUAGAGGAAGUGGAAGCAGAAGAUCAGUGUACAAAUGAUGACCAGUGGUGCAUGCAGAAUUUUGAAAAAUCGACCGUUAUUCGAGAUGAUGGUCGAUUGAUGGUGUCAUUACCUUUUAAGGCUGAUAUGGAACUAGGCGAAUCCAAACCGCAAGCAAUGGCCAGGUUUUUGAAUGGUGAAAAGAAGUUGGAGAAAUAUCCAUCACUAAAAGCUGAAUAUAUAACCUUCAUGCGAGAGUAUCGGGAACUGGGUCAUAUGGUGCAAGUACCGAUGGAGAUGAAAGGAAAAUAUUACUUACCGCAUCAAGCAGUGAUCAGAGAAGAUAGCCGAAUAACGAAAGUGCGAGUGGUGUUUGAUGCAUCAGCGAAAACAUCGAAUCAAAGAAGUUUGAAUGACAUAAUGCACACUGGACCUAAACUUCAACGCGAUAUAUUUGAUAUAAUGUUGAAAUGGCGUUUAUGGAAGUAUGUAUUGACAGGAGACGUGGAAAAGAUGUAUCGGCAGAUUGUAGUGAGGCCAGAAGAUCAAGAAUAUCAAUACAUACUUUGGAGAGAGAACAGAGCGGAACCAAUAAAGCAAUAUCGUUUAACAACAGUAACAUAUGGCAUAUCAGCGGCGCCGUUUCUGGCAGUAAGGUCACUAUUCAUGAUAGGUGAUUACUGCAAAGAGGAGAUGGUGAAAAAUAUUAUAAAAGAAGAUUUUUAUAUGGAUGACCUCAUGACUGGAGCUGAUACUGUAAAGGGAAGUCAACAUAUUCUGCAAUCAGUGGCACAGCAGCUGCAGAAGUUUAAUUUUCAUUUGAGAAAAUGGAUUUCAAAUGACCCUAAAAUUACGGAAAUUGUAGAAAAUCGAGGACGCAAUGAAGUUAUAUCGAUUAAAGACGACGAGUCCAUAAAAACCUUGGGUGUUGGGUGGGAUCCCCAUAUGGACCACUUUCGAUUCAACGUCAGCUUUAGUAAUCCUUCACAAAUGACAAAGAGAAAAGUACUGUCAUUGGUAGCUAGAAUUUUCGACCCAUUGGGAUGGUUAUCACCAAUAACGGUGGUAGCAAAAUUGAUCGUUCAGAAGCUGUGGCUGUUAAAUAUAGAUUGGGAUGAGACGAUACCCGAGGAAAUUUUGACGCAAUGGCUAGAAUUCGCAAAUCAUUUGGAUUCUCUUCAUAAAAUAAAAAUCCCUAGAUGGCUGGGUACAUCGACAACUACAAAGUUCGAGCUUCAUGGCUUUUCAGACGCGUCCGAGAAAGCAUAUUCCGCAGUAAUAUUCAUUAAAUGUGAAAUGAGGGUGACUUUACUAACUGCCAAAAGUAAGGUCAACCCAAUCAAAAAUAAAAAGACGCUGCCAAAAUUGGAGCUGUGUGGUGCACAUCUGUUGGCGAGAUUGUUGAAUAGGGCAGAGAAAAUCAUAGGAAGAGAGACGAACGUGUUUGCAUGGACUGAUUCAACAAUCACACUGGGGUGGAUCCAAAAUAAUCGUAGCAAGGACAAAUUCAUUAAGAAUAAGGUGCAGGAUAUAAAUGUGCUUGUACCAACAGCAACAUGGAGAUAUGUUGGCACAAAGGAAAAUCCAGCAGAUAUUGCAUCAAGAGGUAUUCAACCACAUCGGCUAAUGGACUAUAAGCUAUGGUGGAAUGGUCCUGAAUGGUUGCGGGAGCCUUCAAGUCAUUGGCCUGAACUACCACAGAGGACUGCAGUGAUAGCAUCGACGAUGGUAACAACAGAAGUAAAUUUUUUGGAUGAUAUAAUGACGAGAUACUCCAGGUUUUCUAAAAUGCGGCGUGUAGUGGCAUACGUCAUUCGAUUUAUUGAGAGGACAAGGAAUAAAAUCAAAAUUUCUGGUGGUUUAGCUGUCCAUGAACUUAUAGAAGCUGAAGAACAUAUACUAUCACGUCAUCAGCAAGUUAUGUUUUCUAAAGAAAUUAUGUCUUUAAAAAGAGGAUCUUUAAUUGAUCGAGGCAGCCGUAUAGUGGGACUACAUCCUUUCUUAGACAGAAGAGGCAUACUUCGAGUUGGUGGUCGACUGCAAAAUGCAAAUAUGUCCUUCAAUCAAAAACAUCCAAUUGUAUUGAAUAAAUCGAAUCUGACAGCCGCAAUAGUGCGAUCGUUUCAUCUGGCAACUUUACAUGGAGGAAACAGAUUGACUGAAACAUCCACAAAACGCAAAUAUUGGGUUAUUGGCUUGAAAGCAGCGAUAAAAAAGUGUAUACGAUCGUGUCCAAGAUGUAUACGGUACAAACAAGAGACAGCGAAGCUGAUAAUGGGUAACUUGCCAGAUUCGAGGGUUACAGCGAUGCAACCUUUCUUAUAUACAGGAGUGGACUACGCUGGACCUAUAUGGAUUAAGUGCUCCAGAAACAGAGGACAAAAGUGUUUUAAAGGAUACAUUGCUAUAUUUGUCUGCAUGUCAACAAAAGCAAUUCAUCUGGAAGCUGUGAGCGAUUUGUCCACAUCAGCAUUUUUGGCAGCCUUGAAACGGUUCUUUUCCAGAAGAGGAAAGAGUGCUAAAAUGUACAGCGACAAUGGGACAAAUUUUGUUGGAGCGAAAAAUAGACUUGAUGCGGACUACAAAGCUGUUAUUCAAAGAAAUCGAGACGUGAUGCCAGUGCUGGCGGAGGAAGGUGUGGAGUGGCAUUUUAUCCCCCCGGCAGCCCCUCAUCAAGGAGGGAUUUGGGAGUCUGGCGUGAAAUCUGUGAAGCAUCAUCUGAGACGUGUUAUUGGCGAGACCAGAUUAAGUUACGAGGAAAUGGCCACAUUGCUGUGCCAAAUCGAAGCGGUUUUAAACUCAAGGCCAUUGGUGUAUAUGGAUAAUGAAGAAGUGGAAUCUCUUGAUUUUUUGUCACCGAGUCAUUUUCUGAUUGGGAGGUAG